UGACGGGAGAACAUUUCACGACAUGAUCUUGUCUGAAACUGAAAGUAAAGAAAGAUUCAAAAUAGAGUAGAAGGAAGGAAGGAAGGAAGCUUUAGUUAAUAUUUGUGAGGUGCGAUUGUUAAUGGUGGUGGAAGUAGUAGUGCGAGUGUAAAGAGAAGACGAGAGAAGAGAAGAGACAGAGAAGGGACAAUUAUACAAAUGGGGGAACUGAUGCCGUUGCCGGCGACGACGACCGGGGUCGAUCUCAACGCGGCCUUCCCGCCGGUGGCGCUGAUGGAGAGGCUCAAGGACUACGGUCAAGAGGACGCCCUUGCCCACUGGCCGCAGCUCUCCCCUCGCGAGCGCCAACUCCUCCUCCACGACCUCCAGAGUUUGGAUCUCCCACGGAUUGAUCGGAUCAUUCGAUGUUCCCUCACUUCGCAAGGAUUGCCGAUUGCUGCAAUCGAGCCGGUGCCUCAGAGCAAUGUGUCCACCUUGGAGGAAAGGACGGCGGAAGAGAGAGAGAGGUGGUGGAAGAUGGGGCUCAAGGCCAUCUCUCAGGGAAAGUUGGCCGUCUUGCUUCUUGCUGGUGGUCAGGGAACUCGACUCGGAAGUUCAGACCCAAAGGGAUGCUUCAAUAUAGGGCUUCCAUCUGGGAAGUCCCUUUUCCAAAUUCAAGCUGAGAGAAUUUUAUGUGUGCAAAAGUUAGCUUCUCAAGAUAUAAAUGAAGAUUCUACUGGUUGUCUACCCAUACAUUGGUACAUAAUGACCAGCCCAUUUACCAAUGAGGCCACCCGUAAAUAUUUUGAAACUCACAAAUACUUCGGUCUUUCAGCAGACCAAAUUACCUUCUUCCAGCAAGGUACCAUCCCAUGUGUUUCGAAAGAUGGUAGGUUCAUCAUGGAGACUCCAGUCAAGGUAGCUAAAGCACCAGAUGGUAAUGGAGGAGUAUAUUCAGCUCUGAAAUCCAAAAGACUACUAGAAGAUAUGGCCGCUAGAGGGGUCAAAUAUAUAGACUGCUAUGGAGUCGAUAAUGCCCUUGUUCGUGUUGCUGAUCCCUCCUUCUUGGGUUAUUGCAUAGACAAGGGCAUAUCCGCUGCAGCUAAAGUUGUUCGGAAGGCUUACCCUCAAGAGAAGGUUGGGGUGUUUGUUAGACGAGGCAAAGGUGGCCCACUUACUGUGGUGGAGUAUAGUGAGCUUGACACAAACCUGGCUUCUGAAAUCAAUCAAGAAACUGGACGGCUUCGCUUUUGCUGGAGUAAUAUUUGCUUGCAUAUGUUCACUUUGGAUUUUCUCAAGCAAGUUGCAGACGGCCUCGAGAAAGAUAGCAUAUAUCAUUUAGCUGAGAAGAAGAUCCCUUCAAUACAUGGACAAACAGUGGGUCUAAAGUUAGAGCAGUUCAUAUUUGAUGCCUUUCCAUAUGCUCCCUCCACUGCUCUUUUCGAGGUGUUACGGGAGGAAGAAUUUGCACCCGUGAAAAAUGCCAAUGGGUCAAGUUUUGAUACACCAGACAGUGCUCGGCUGCUCGUCCUCCGACUCCACACUCGGUGGGUAGUUGCUGCCGGUGGUUUUGUGACGCAUUCAGUUCCCCUAUACUCCACUGGUGUGGAGGUAUCCCCACUUCGUUCAUAUACAGGAGAGAACCUGGAGGCUCUCUGCCGUGGAAGAACAUUUCAUGCCCCUUGUGAGAUUACAUGUUAAGCGCAGUCUGCUGGUGUACUAUAGUUAGUUCAUUUUGCCAAAAUCCUUUUGUUUCAUAUCUUAGAAGUUUCCAUCCGAUACAUUCAUCGAUGUCUCUACGACAUGUUGUCAACAAACAUGGUCCUGAUUGUUCAAAUAUGCUACAUUCAGCGUAUCAGUCUAUUCAGCAAUAAGGUGAGUUCACCUAACUGUUUGUAACCGGGACUCUUUGGAUGAGUUCUCUUAAGUAAUGUAUGCCUCUGAUCUAA